AUGAUGUUCAAAUAUUACUGAAUUUAGAUCGUGAUGAUCACGCAGUGUUAUGCUAACAUGUUAAGUUGUCUGUAAUUUCAUCUUCUUUCAUUUUCUAGGAUAACAAUACAUAAAAAUUAGAGAAUGUUCAAAACAAAAUUUCUCAGUAUUUUGUUAUUAUUUUUCUGGUCACAUAUUUUGACAGUGAAUUGCAAUGAAAAUCAACCAAAUGUAAUUAUUGUUGGUGCUGGUGCAUCCGGAAUUGCAGCUGCAUCUAAACUUUUUCAAAAUGGUUUUAAAAAUGUGAAAAUUCUCGAAGCUGAAAAUAGAAUUGGAGGACGAGUUUUCACCACUAAAUUCGAUGAUUAUUCUGUUGAUCUUGGUGGACAAUGGAUUCAUGGUGAAGAAGGAAAUGUAGCAUUUGAAUUAGCUUGGCCUCUUGGAAUUGUUGAGAGAGGAGGACUAUUAAGCACCUUAAAUUAUUUAAUAAUUGAUUCCUCGGGAAAUUUAAUUAAUCGAACAUUAAGUGAUGAUCUUAUAGGCUUAUUCUUUAAAUUAAAAGAUCAAUUAUCGGAAUAUUCAGAAAAGAACAAUGGAUCUAUUGGCGAAUUCUUCGUCACAGAAUUAAAUAAACAUUUUAAAGAUCAUCCCGAGUUGAGUGAUAAAUCCGAGGGAAUUUUACAUUUGUUUAAUAUGAUGGAAAUGGGAAAUGAUGCCGCUGAUACAUGGUGGGAUGUUUCAACAACAAGUAUUUCUGAAUAUCAAGACAGUCCAGGAGAUUAUAUGGUAAAUUGGAAAGAUCGUGGAUAUGGGACAAUUCUAGAUAUUUUAAUGAAACGCUUUCCAAAUCCUGAAGAAGAAUUACCUGUUUUAAACAAUACAAUUUUAAAUGCAGAAGUUACAUCAAUUGAUUAUUCAAAUCCAAAUGAAAAAGUUACAGUAAAAACUGCAAAUGGAGACGCAUACACUGCCGAUCAUGUAAUCUUCACCUGUUCCUUGGGUGUUUUAAAAGACAAACACAACUCUCUUUUUCAACCUCCUUUGUCAGAGGAGAAACAAAAAACAAUUAAGGGACUUGGAUAUGGCAGUGAAGCAAAAAUUUUGUUAUCUUUCGAAAAUCCUGUGUGGAACAAUGAUACUUCGUAUGGAGGAUUUAAUAUUCUCUGGAAAAAAGAGGACAUCGAAGAACUUGAAAAAGAUCCGGAAAGAAAGUGGCUGUUGGGAAUCGUUGGAUUUUUCUUCAUCGAACACAAACCUCGAUUGUUGUUCGCAUGGAUAUCGGGAAAUUAUUCACGGGAAAUGGAAAAACUAUCAGAACAACAGGUGUUUAAUCAAACAGUCGACAUUCUUCAUAGAUUUGUUGGGAAACAUCGUCAAGUUCCCACUCCAACUGGAAUGAUUCGGACCAUGUGGAAUAGUAAUAAAAACUUUCAAGGAACCUACAGCUUUAGAAGUUUGGAAUCAGAUACUGAAAAUGCCUGGUCUUUGACUUUAUCAGAACCAAUUGACACCACUAAGCCGGUUGUUUUAUUCGCUGGAGAAGCCACGAACCCUAAACACUUUAGCACAGUACACGGAGCAAUUGAAACUGGACAUAGAGAAGCUGACCGAAUUAUUAAAAUGCAUCCAAAUUUAGCAAAGAAUUAGGAAAAUUUUUUAAAUAAUCAGAAAUUAAAUAUGCACGUAAUAUAGCAAAUUUAAAAAAACGUAUUAAAUAUUUACUUAUUUAACUAGUAAAAUAUAGAAAAUAUUUUCAAAUAUCAGAGUGUGUUUGGUAAAAAAAAAUUUGCAUAAUUUCCACUCUCAAAAAUCUUAAAUUACAAAUAAUUCAAACUAUUAUAGCUCAAAAUUAUCAGAUACUUUAUAUUUUGUAAUUAAAUUUACUAAUAAAAAUUCGUAUGUAUUCCAGGAA